AUGGGCAGCAUCCUCAGCCCAACUUUGGCAGCUCUGGUGAUGACGGUGUUGAUCGGAUAUUGCCUUGGCAAACUAUCUUUCAUUCCAGCAUUCUUGUUCCAGUAUGUUGAUGACAUUAUAUUGGCCAUUCCUUCAAAUAUGAAAGAAGAACUCCUAAGGAUCUUCAACUCCUUUAACCCACAUAUACAGUUUACCAUAGAGGAAGAGAAAGACAGAUUUGUCCCAUUCCUAGACACCAAAGUGAUACGUUCUGAGGACAACUCAGUCAAGCUGGAUUGGUACAGAAAGCCGACCAGCUCAGGAAGAUAUGUCCACUUCAAUUCAAGCCAUGAUUGGCAAAUGAAGAUCAACGUUGUUAACAACCUAAAGAACAGAAUAAUAGGCCUUACUCACAUGGAUUUCAAACAGAGUGCUCUGAACAAAUUAUAUGACAUCCUAAAAGACAAUGGAUAUCCCCAUGGCCUGCUUAAGAAGUUGAUAUUCUCGACAUCCAAUCGACGGAUUUCACCCGAUCCUCCUGAACAUCCUCCUACUACACUGCCUGAACAAAGACAGGACGCUCCCCACGAGAACUCACAUGUCAGCCAAAUAAAGUUUGCAUCUCUGCCUUCAUUACCUGGUUUGACCAGUAAACUGGUUCACAUUUUUUCCUCUAUUAGCAACGUUAAAAUUUUCCCCAAUAAAUUUCUCUUCACCAAUCUCAAAGACAGAGCGGACGUUCUUUCCAGCUCUGAUUGUGUCUACUCAGUGAGAUGUUUAGACUGUGAUGGGGUCUAUAUCGGACAAACCUCCCAAUCCCUAAAAAGAAGAUUCGCGGUUCAUAAAAGCGACGUCAGACUACACCCUGACAGAUGUGCCCUUGCUUUGCAUGCUGCGAGAGGUGGUCACGUUUUCGAUUUCGAUAAUCCGAAGAUACUGUAUUCUUGCUCAAAUAACACAAAGCGGGUUUUUUUGGAAAUGUGCUAUAUUAAUGAGCAAUCAAAUCCUGUCAAUAAGCGUACCGACAUUAAGGGUCUUAGCAACAUUUAUAAUUAUUUGCUCGCUUUGGACUCCAAAAGCGACAUCUCUCCUCAACUCUCACAAACUUUAUAA